GUUAACGGCCCAGACCUAACCACGUGAUAGGCACGAAACAAAAAUUGACCCUUAUCUAUCUUCAUUAUCCUCUUACCUCCCUCACUUCACUUCUCACCAGUCCUGUACUUUCUUAGAGUAGAAACUAGAAAGUGCCAUCAUGGCAGCAAUUUUGCCCACAUUCUCGAUAAAAAGCAGUAGCUGCACUUAUUCGAGCAGUAAACGGAGCCUGAGCUCUCCGAAAGCUGUAUCUUUGUCAAGUUCGGUCAAUGGUACUCCUAAGGUUCAGUCCUUGCGUCUGUCUACAUCAUUUGUUUGCUCCCCGAAUCAGAUUAUUAAGCUAAAAUCUGUGAGCCCUAGCCGGUCUACACAACUAAGAAGAGCAGUAGGGGGUUUGGAGAUAAAGAUGAUGAGUGUUGAUGCUGGGAUUGGUGUUAUGGGUACUAAGCUGGGAAUGAUGAGUUUUUUUGAGGAAGAUGGUACUGUAGUUCCCGUGACUGUGAUAGGGUUCAAGGAGGGAAAUAUUGUUACACAAGUAAAGACAGAGUCUACGGACGGGUAUAAUGCAGUUCAAGUGGGUUAUGAGAGACUUAGAGAUCGCAAGCUCACCAUGCCCGAGCGUGGGCACUUGAACAAGGCUGGUGUGAUUCCCAUGCGUCAUCUUCAGGAGUUUCGUCUUGUAUCUGUUGAUGACUUUACUCCCAGUCAAAAGCUUUUGUUUGAGGAGCUCUUCAAGGAAGGUGACAUGGUGGAUAUCUCUGGUACAACCAUUGGAAAGGGGUUCCAAGGUGGAAUCAAACGGCACAACUUUAAGAGGGGUCUGAUGACUCACGGAUCCAAGAGUCACAGGGCUUUGGGAUCCAUUGGAGCUGGAACAACACCCGGGCAUGUCUACAAAGGCAAGAAAAUGCCUGGAAGGAUGGGAGGAACCAAGACCAAGAUCAGAAAGCUCAAGAUCAUGAAAAUCGACACAGAUCUUCGUGUCGUCAUGAUCAAAGGCGCCGUUCCUGGCAAACCAGGAAACCUCUUGCGCCUUGCACCAGCUAAGAUAGUCGGCAAAAACAUUCCUAAGAAUUAGACUUUUUGGAGUUUUUUGUUAUGUUUUGCUGUAGAUUUGUUGUACGUAACUUUUGCUGUAUAUUUCUGAUGACCGAUGAGUGUUAUCUAUUAACAUUACCGUGAUCUAUAUUUUGUAUUCAUCUUCUUCAUUGGCAGCAUCAAUUAGAAAUGUUAAAUUCGAAGA